GUGCCUCUCUUCUCCAAUGGAGAUGUCCAUCGGGAGGAAAAGCAGACUCUUGCCCAGGACAAGACAAAAGUUGGGGGGCAUGAAGUGGACACGAGCAUUGCGGGAGGCCUCAGAAUCUGGGGCCAGAGAGCUGCCGAGAGUCCCACCCCGCCGGCUAGUGCCCGCACUCCGGCUGAGCGGUUACGUGAGGUCUGGAGUGAGGAGCGAGGUUGGCCUUGGUGCUGGUGUCGUGCCCUGGGAGUUGCUGCAGCAGCUCUCAGUGCCCUUCCCAGAGCCAUCGGAGCUUCUUCCACGGUCCUGCGUCGUUUGGGCCGUCGGGAGACCCAGGAGGAGCGCUCGCAGCAGCAGAGCGUGACAGCUGCUGCUGCUGCUGCAGCGCUGGUGAGGAGGAGCAGCCCCUCAUCCCCUGCUCCACGCAGCCCACUGCAGCAGCUGGAGAGCAUGGCCACGGCACUGGAGAGCCGCUGCCCCAUUUGUCUUGACACCUGGGACAACGCGGGCUACGUGAUGCCAUGUCUCCACCAGUUUUGCUUCCAGUGCAUCCAGCAGUGGAUGGAGAGCAAGCCCGAGUGCCCCCUCUGCAAGAGGAGGGUCAGCUCCAUCAUACACUCGGUGCGGGCAGACAACAAAUUUGAGGAGGUCGUCAUCCCACCGCCGGCAGAGGCAUCCCUCGUGGCCCAGCCGGCUGGGAGAGCUCGUGGCCACGCAGCCACCACCGGCCCCCGUCACCACCCUGCAGCAUCUGCGCCAUCAGCUGCAGGGCCGGCUCUUGUGGGAGGCCUCCAGCCUGAAGUCUGGGCCUCCCUUUUGCGAGACCACCCAACUCUGAUCCGUCCCGUGCUGCCCUGGCUGCGCCAGGAGCUGGGGCGCAUCCAUGGGGCUGAUCACGCGGAGGCGCAAAUGGUGGAAGACCUCCUCACCUCCGCCCUGGGCCUCCUGGGGCUGGAUGAAGAUCGCCUGGUCCAGCUGCUGCAGCUUUCCAUGGCGGACCACGCAGCCACCUUUGUGCACCAGCUCAUCAGCAUCACGGUGCAGCGGUGCAGCUGGGUGGCCCACCGCCUGCUGGGCCUGGAGGGCUCCCGUGCUGCCAUGGGACAGGCAGGCAGCCCCGCAGCUGCCCCCAGGCCUUCUGGCUCCCGACAGGGGACUGCUGGUCCUGGUCCAGAGCCCUCCAACAACGCUGCUGGAGCCAGCACGGACCAAGUCGCGGGCAGCUCCAGUGCUGCCCUUCAAGGGGGUCCCGGCCUGCCCCCCUCCAGCCUGGUUCAGGACCCAGGGAACCAAGAAGCGCCCCAGGAGGAGACACCAGAGGCUGUGCCUGGACCCUCCACAGCAGAACAGGGCAGGGACCAUCCCCACAGGGGGCCCCGGCGAGCCCCGAAGAGGAGGGCCCCCACCUCCCAGGCCUCUUCUCCAGCAGCCAAGAAGAGGCCACCCCGCCGGCAACACUAGGGCAGCGCCCCAGGAGCUGGCAACAACAGGGCCGGGCCAGCGGAUGGGGCACACGGAAGGCCCUCAGCAAAUACAUCUAUACAAUGUAGAAAAUAAAUCAUAUAUAUAUAAAGUCUCAGUGUAGCUAACAAUUUAUUUGGUGGUGCCAUCCACACCCCUGCUGCCAUCUCCCCCUCUUCCUGCUGCUGUGCCCACCGCCUCCUCGCGUGCCCGCUGUGAGGUCUGGUGGGGUUGGGGCACGGCGAUGCUGCCCUUCGCCAGGAGGGCUGGGGUGUUCGUCUCGGCGCUCCCCUCCCCUGGUGCCCGGCCCCACUGCUGCGCUCCCCCUGAC